AUGGCCUCUGACUUGCCAUGUGACCACAAAGUCAGGAAGUUAAGUGUCAUGUGACCAGAAAAAGUCAGGAAGUAUAACAAGCAUGGCAGCAGGACUUGUUAUUGUCUCCUCUGUCAAUCUAGUUGAAUCUGCAACCAUCUUAUGCUUUUGAUAGCAUCGUCGUUUUACUCUUUACACGAUGUCAAUAAACCUGUGGACAAUGGACAGCUGUCUUCAGAGUCGUGAUGUCACUAAAGAGUUAUCUAACUGCCGAGUAGUAUCCAGCGUUCAUAUACCGAGGGCAGUACAGUAAAACGACGGCUUUCAAGCAGGCAAUAAGACGCAGCCGAGUGCAACGACGGUUUUCCAGUGGAGGAAGACGACGCAGCUGACUAAUCGACACUUCUAUUAACAUCAUCACACGCAGCCAGUGGAUGAUCAACAUAACAGUGUCCAAACAGAAGCAACGUCACCAUGCCGAAGUCAGAAGCUUCAUUAAAGACGCGCUCCCACACCUCAAACUCUUCAAGUGCUUCAUCAACUGGGUCCGCCGCAGCCAGGGCAAGGGCGAGAGCAGAAGCAGCGAAAGCACGUCUUCUCUACGCAGAGGAAGAGAUGAAGUUGAAACUUGAAAAGGCUAAGUUGGAAGCAUCCAUGGACUUGCUCAAUGCGAAAAAAGAAACAGCAGCAGCCGUUGCUGAGGCAGAAGCACUUGAAGCUGCUGUAGAGAACGAGAUGGAAGUGCAUCACAGCAGCUUAAGUGCUGAUUCUGCUCUUUUAGAAGCUCAAACACGCAUUGAACAAUAUGUUACCGAACAAGCGAAAGAAAGAGAGUCAGAACUUCAUGAUGCUGGUGUCCUGCCAAAAACGGAACCAAGUCACACUUACAGUUAUUCUCCUUCACAGCUUAAACCGGAAGCUAAACCUUUCUUACCAAACCAAGCUCAUGCAUCUUCUCAUCUCACCACACAACGAACUCACACUUAUAAGGAUGAAGGUCUUCAAAGGCAUCGUGGAGUGAUGUUCGAGAAACCAUGUGACACUCCUGUGCAGCUAUCUGGACAUCGACAUGAGAAUAUUCAUCACGUACCUCUACGCGUUAACACACCUUCAGUCUCCAACAACAGCAAUGAUAAUAUGAGUGACUUUGUAAGGUACUUCGCUCGAAGGGAACUUGUAGCUACAGGUUUGCUUCAGUUUAAUGACAAGCCACAAAACUAUCGUGCAUGGAGACGUUCUUUUCAGAACGCCACACAAGACUUGAACCUGACACCAAGUGAAGAGAUGGACCUUCUGCUUAGGUGGCUUGGCAAAGAGUCGUCAGAACAUGUUGAACAGAUAAGAGCAAUACACAUAAACCAUCCACAAACGGGAUUGGACAUGAUAUGGGAUAGGCUCGAACGAACAUAUGGCUCAGCAGAAGCAAUAGAAGAUGCUCUCUUCAAACGAGUGGAUGCCUUUCCAAAAAUAGCAAACCGAGAUUAUUCAAAAUUAACAAAAUUGAGUGAUCUUCUGAUGGAACUUGAAUCAGCCAGAGCAGAAGGAGACCUGCCUGGUCUCUCUUUUCUUGACACAGCAAGAGGCAUUAACCCAAUUGUGCAAAAACUUCCAUUUAAAAUGCAGGAGAAGUGGGCAACAAUUGGUUCACUGUACAAGCAGGAAUAUAAUGUUUCAUUUCCUCCCUUCCACUAUUUUGUGGAAUUUGUCAGCCAACAGGCUCAAAUUAAAAAUGAUCCAAGCUUCAAUUUUAUGUCCCACUCAGAAGUGCUUUCCAGAAAUGAAAAACCAGCUUGGAGGCCAAACAAACUACGUGAGGUCUCUGUUCAUAAAACAGAAAUAUUUCCAAAACACAACUUAGAUCCGAGUGAGUCCUCUAAGAAGUCCAGUGACUGGGACAAAGUAUGUCCGAUACAUAAAAAACCGCACCCCCUGUAUAAAUGUCGUGCAUUUAGGGAAAAAGCUCUUGAAGACCGUAAAUUGUUCUUAAAGGAAAAUAAGGUCUGUUUCAAAUGCUGUGCUUCGUCAUCUCACCUAGCAAAGAACUGUAACUUCGAUGUGCGAUGUUAUGAAUGUAAGAGUGAUAAACACCACACAGUUCUUCAUCCCGGACCAGCACCUUGGAUUAAAUCCACAGCCACUUCCCCAGAGCAUGGCGGGGAGCAGGAUAUCCAAGAUCCUCAAGCUGACAACGAGGACAUUCCCGAACUUGAAGUUGACAACAAAUGCACUGAGAUUUGUGGUGGAGAGGUAAUGGGCCGUUCCUGCUCCAAAAUAUCUCUCGUAAAAGUGUAUCAAGACGGUCACAAAGACACAGCCAUUAAGAUGUACGUCAUUAUGGAUGAGCAAAGUAAUAGAUCACUAGUUCGCUCAAAAUUCUUUGAAAUCUUCAAUGAUCAAAGUCCAAGUGCUCCAUACUCCUUGAAAACGUGUGCUGGAGUGAAGGAGACAGCAGGAAGACGGGCAAGUGGUUACAUCAUUGAGUCUUUGGAUGGGACUGUCAACAUUCCACUACCCAGUCUCAUAGAAUGUGAUGAUAUUCCAAAUAACAGAAAUGAAAUUCCAACUCCUAACAUGGCGCUUCAUCACCCUCAUCUCAAGUCAAUUGCACAUCUCAUCCCAGACAUUGAUUCACAAGCUGAAAUAAUGCUCCUGCUGGGUCGAGAUAUCAUCAGAGUUCAUAAAGCCCGCAAACAGAUCAACGGUCCACACAAUUUACCAUAUGCUCAGAAACUGGACUUGGGGUGGGUCAUUGUGGGCAAUGUUUGUCUAGGCAGUGUUCACAAACCACCAACAGUUGGCACCUUCUACACCAUCACUGCUGAAAGACCACGUCCUACUCUCUUCGAUCCAUGUCCUAAUGUGUUUCAUGUAAAAGAAAAGUACAGCAACGUGCAAGCCAUAAAUCUGCAAACACAAACGGGAAAUCAAUCAACCUGUGAUGUUGACCACUUAGGAUGUGGAGUGUUUAAACAGACUAAAGACGACAACAAAGUGGCCUUCUCCAUCCAGGAUGCUAUCUUUAUGGAAAUCAUGGAGAAAGGACUGAAAAAAGGCGCAGACAAUGGUUGGAUUGCCCCGUUACCGUUCAAGUGUCCACGUCAACGGUUGCCCAACAACAGGUCUCAAGCGUUGAACCGUCUUACGUCUCUCAAGAACAACUUUAAAAAGAAACCUGAAAUGAAAGACCACUUCAUCAGCUUCAUGGAGAAGAUGUUGAAAAAAGGUCAUGCAGAACUAGCCCCUCCAUUAAGUGACAGUGAAGAAUGCUGGUACUUGCCAAUAUUUGGUGUGUACCACCCAAGGAAACCAAAACAAAUAAGAGUUGUUUUCGAUUCCAGUGCUCAAUUCAAUGGCAUGUCACUCAACGAUGUGCUUUUGACUGGACCUGAUCUAAACAACAAAUUGUUCGGUGUACUCAUAAGGUUCAGGAAAGAAGCUGUUGCCUUUACAGCCGACAUAGAGCAAAUGUUCUAUUUUUUUUUCUGUUCAAGAAGACUAUAGGAACUU